UUCUAGCACCAUCUCGUUCCAUUUUAGUUCAUUGCUGUAAAGCAAGUAAACCGAGAACGACACCACCUCCAUCUCUCUAACUCUCGCGCUCCCCUCUUGUUCCUCCUCGCAGAUCCCAACCUCAUUUCCGCCAUCUCCCCCAACACACAUUACCCAAAUUCCAAACUGAAAAGAAUUCGCGAACCUUCCACUGCACUCAACAUUCAACAACUUCAACCAAAAGAAAAUAGAAGUGAUGCCCCUCCUCACUCCCUGAAUUAGAAAAAGAGCACAACAACCUUAUUAGAACCUCUUCGUCUUCUUCACCCCUCACCAAAUCAAACUCCGGCAACAUAAAUUCUCUCUCCUCAAUCCUCAACAACCCUCAUGCCUCCGAAGCCAACGCCUCCUGGGUCGCCUGGUGGUCCUCCUCCACAGUCCUCGCCCCUCCCGACUUCGCCCCCAUCGCCGCCACCAAAGCCGCCUCCGACAUCACCCGAUCCGACUUCAACACCUACCUUACCCCCAUCUCCGAACCCUACCACCGCUUCGAGGACAUCCGCAACCACGCUUCCAAGGAGAUCGGGGAUUUGUCAUCGUUGCCAUCGUCGUCCUCGUUAGAUGGUGGUGGUGGCGGUGGUGCUGGGGAGGCGCUCGUUGCGUGCCUGCGGGAGGUGCCGGCGCUUUACUUCAAGGAGGACUUCAGGCUGGAGGACGGGGCGACGUUCAAGGCCGCUUGCCCGUUCUCCGGCAUGGCGGAGAAUCUAGCGCUGCAGGAGAAGCUCUCGCACUAUUUGGAUGUGGUGGAGCUGCACCUGGUGAGGGAGAUCUCGCUCCGGUCGAGCUCGUUCUUCGAGGCCCAGGGGCAGCUGCAGGACCUCAACGCAAAGAUCGUUGAAGGAUGCGCUCGGAUUCGACAGCUUAAGGAAACGAUUAGGCUCAUCGAUUCGGAUCUGGUCGAGUCUGCUAGGCAGAUUCAGGAGCUUAAUGGCACCAGGACCAACCUCCUCGCCCUUCAACAGAAAUUGAGGCUUAUAUUUUACGUCAACCAAGCUGUUUCUGCUCUUAAAUUGCUUGUUGCAUCUGCAGAUUGUGCCGGGGCGCUAGAUGUAACAGAUGAUUUGCAGCAUUUGCUGGAUGGAGAUGAGCUGACUGGUCUGCAUUGCUUUCGUCAUCUUAGAGAUCACGUAAUAGGUUUUAUAGAAUCCAUAAACAGCAUUCUUUCAGCAGAAUUUAUUCGGACUUCCAUACAUGAUGCCUUGGAAACAGAUGUGAGAAUUUUAUCCAAAGCCAAAGCAAGGGCUUCCCUUUCUGUGAAUGGAAAAGAUAAUGAAGUAAAGUUGGAAGAAGAAGAAACUACUAAUCUCAAAGAUCGUCUUCUUCCUACUGUAAUUGGAUUGCUUAGAACAGCUAAACUUCCCUCUGUUCUGAGGAUCUAUCGGGAUACUCUAACUACUGAUAUGAAGAGUGCUAUUAAGACUGCUGUUGCUGAGUUGCUUCCGGUUCUUGUUGCACGAGGUUCAGAUUUAGAGUUCUUUUCUGGAGACAGAGCUGUAGAUGCAGAUGGUGGUGGUGCAUCACUUGCUAGCAAGUUGAGGAGCCUAUCAUCUGAUUGCUUCGUGCAUCUUCUUAGUGCUAUUUUCAUGAUAGUAGAGGCACAUUUAGUGCGGGCGGCUGAAGUGAAAAGGGCCAUUGAAUGGAUUUUGAACAACCGUGAUGGUCAUUAUGCUGCUGAUUCUGUUGCUGCUGCAAUUGCUCAUGGUGCUGCGGCUGCAGAAACACCGAAUGAAAGCGAAGUUCACAGUCAUACAUUAUUGUCACAUUCACCACAACGAAAUGGUCCAAGGGGUUCGUUUCAGGGAAGAGCAGUUGAUGCUGCAAGCUCUGCAAACAUGUCAAAAAAUUUCAGAGCUGAUGUAUUGCGAGAAAACGCAGAAGCUGUAUUUGCAGCAUGUGAUGCUGCUCAUGGAAGAUGGGCAAAGCUUCUGGGGGUCCGUGCUGUUCUCCAUCCAAGGCUGAAAUUGCAGGAGUUUCUGAACAUAUAUAACAUCACCCAGGAAUUCAUUACUGCUACAGAAAAAGUUGGUGGAAGAUUGGGAUACAGCAUCCGUGGGACACUGCAGUCUCAGGCCAAAGCCUUUGUUGAUUUCCAGCAUGAAUCUCGGAUGACAAAAAUUAGGGCAGUGCUUGACCAAGAAACAUGGGUGGAGAUAGAUAUUCCUGAUGAAUUUCAAUCCAUUAUCAAAGUGGUUUUUUCAUCUGAUGCAUUGCAUUCUGAGAACCUUAAUGAAUCUGAGGAUGUUAAUUCAACUAGUUACAAUGAUGUUCUGCCAACAUCGGACACUGGACAGUCAAAUGCUGAACAACCCGAGGAGCAGAGUAAUUCCACUGAAUUGGCUACUACUGAAUUAGAUAACACUAAAGCCCAGGCUGAUUCAAUUGAAAGUAGAGCUAAUAGUAAAAUUUCAUCAGCACAAAGUAAAAAUAUAGAGAAAGACCAUAAAAAAUCGGCAUCUCAGGCUCUUUACUACAAAGGUGUUGGUUAUCACAUGGUAAACUGUGGCUUAAUAUUGCUGAAGAUGUUGUCAGAGUACAUUGAUAUGAACAACCUGUUGCCGUCACUUUCUUCAGAAGUUGUACAUCGUGUGGUAGAAAUUUUGAAAUUUUUCAACACACGAACUUGUCAACUUGUGCUUGGGGCUGGUGCUAUGCAGGUGUCUGGUUUGAAGUCCAUCACUUCGAAACAUCUGGCAUUGGCAAGUCAAGUCAUUAGUUUUACCCAUGCUAUUAUUCCUGAAAUUCGGCAUAUUCUUUUUCUGAAAGUACCGGAGACUAGAAAAGCAUUAUUGCUUUCGGAGAUUGAUCGAGUUGCUCAGGAUUAUAAAGUUCACAGAGAUGAAAUACAUUCCAAAUUAGUUCAGAUAAUGCGAGAGAGAUUACUGGUCCAUUUGCGUGGGUUGCCUCAAAUUGUUGAGAGUUGGAAUAGACCUGAGGAUACUGAUCCCCAGCCUAGUCAGUUUGCCAAGUCCCUUACAAAGGAAGUUGGAUACCUCCAACGUGUUCUGUCUCGUACUUUGCAUGAAGAUGAUGUUCAAGCAAUCUUCAGGCAAGUUGUCGUCAUAUUUCACUCACAAAUUUCGGAAGCAUUUUCGAAAUUUGAUAUAACCACCUCCCAAGCACAGAAUAGGCUCCAACGAGAUAUCAAACAUAUUCUUCAAUGUAUACGGUCUUUACCAACGGGCGACUUGAGUAAAUCAGAUAACCCAAAUUGGGGGCAGCUGGAUGAAUUCAUGGUGCAAAAAUUUGGGACUGAUGCUGUUCAGUAAAAGAUAUUGUAAAGUAGCAACUCAAUUGGUUAUGUUGGAAGGCUAACAUACUUUGGAGGAUGUGGGGUUGAUUUUAACCUUCUUCACUCUGCAUUUUUGUGUAACACUAAGUUGAGGUAAUACCAUCACUAGAUUUUGUUUAGUUUUAUAUGCAAAUGAAUCCUUUAUCAUCUUUCAUCAUUUAAUGUUGGAUUGGCGCCAGUCCAUGUAUGGGAUUGAAUUGUACAUAGAGAUGAAAUAGCUAUGCUUUUCUUGCCAUGAUACUGUGUGGUAUUUGUUGCAAGAGAUAUUUGCCUAAUUUCAUUAAAUGCUCUUUUUGAC